UUUCUUCUGCAAAACAAAUCCAAAAAAUCGAAGAAAAAAGCUUGUUAAAUUGUAGUUGAGUGCCCAAAUCAGUAGAUAAGUGUUUCUGGCAGUGGUACAAUUGUGAAUUUUCCAAUGGAUUAUGAGGACAUGGGAAAUACGGAGGAGGUUCCCUCUCAGCCAGAGCGCAAAGAGACGGGAAAACGGGGAAGAAAACCCGGGAGGAAAGCCUCAACGGAAAAGAUUGAUAUGAAGGCGAAAUUAGAGAGAAGCCGUCAGAGCGCCAGGGAGUGCCGGGCCAGAAAGAAAUUGCGUUAUCAGUAUCUGGAAGAGCUGGUGGCUGAUCGAGAGAAGGCCGUCCUAACGCUCAGAAGUGAGCUGGAGAGGUACAGGCUAUUGGCCCUGGAGCUGGAUUCUGGCAAAAUGCCAGACAAUUUGCAGGCCAUUCUUGAGGAUUUGGGUGCCAUGAAGCAUGAAUAGAAGCCAAAAACAAAAAUACGAGGUAUUCCUUAAAACAACUUCAUCCCUGUGUUUAUUUUCUUUUUCUUUCACCAAUUCAACAGAAAGCUGUAUAAAAAAUAAUUGUAUUUUUUUUAAAUUACGCAUAAGCAAAGAUAAUAUAUUUUUUGUUCAUAAAUUGGCAACUUGAAAGGGUUGCAAUGAUCAAAUUUCUAAAAA